AUGCGACUUAGUUUGGUGAUCCUCGUGCUCGUGUCCACGGCGGAUGGCUUCUUCAUCCACUUCCUGAAGAAGGCCAUCAAGUGCCGGCGACUGCCCAGUGUGGACAAGAGGAUUGAGGCGGUACUGGGCGAGUGCAAAGAGGAGGUGAGUUAUGAGUUCGCGCGCGAAAAUCUGCAGCUCUUCAGCGUCCAGCCACAGCUCGACCUUGCCGCGCAAUCGAUUCAACGCUUGGACACCCUCAGACGAUCAAAGCGAGACGCCGAGGAGUUUCAACAUCCCAACACAGUGACUCCCGUGGAGCGGCGCCUGGCCGGAUGUCUCCUCCGGUGCUUCUACAAGCGCAACAAGGCGCUCAACUACUUCGGCUAUCCCACUCUGUACGGCCUCGUGCAGAUCUACACGGACGGCGUCGAUGAUCACGAGUACUUCAUGGCGGUCCUGCGCGCCGCCGAGCAGUGCAUCACUGGCGUGGCCCACAAGUACGCCAACAGCGUCCCGAUUGAUCGUGAAAGUUGCGAUGUCGCCUUCGACGUAUUCGACUGCCUGCACGACAAGAUUACAGAGUACUGCAGCGAUCAUCAGCUCCCUGCCAAUGAUUUUCUCUAAUCUCCAAAGCUGACCAACUGCUCUUCAACCCAAGACGUCAAGCAUGCCGUGGAUUUGGCGGAAAAUGUUCGAUUUUCCUAGGGAAAAUGAAAGAUUA